AUGGGGAAUGUGACGAGAACAAAGUCACAUUCUCAUGCACGAUACGCCGAUUAUCAAUAAUUUACCGAUAACCUCGGGGUAGUCCAAGGUAACACAAGUCCUAUAUCCCACCUACCCUCCCUAUAACUACACUUGCAUGUUACAUAUAGCACAUACGUAGUCCCCAAAAGCAUAACCAAGAGCCAUCGCACACAGCCCCUAACUUAUCACAUCCAUCAAUCCCAUUCUAACACCUCAUCCCCAUCAUGGAGAAAUACGCAACAUACCCAAGCCUGCGGGGCAAGAAGGUGCUGAUCACAGGCGGGGCCGAAGGCAUCGGCGCAGCCUCAGUCGAGCUGUUCUGCCGCCAAGGCAGCAUCGUCAUCUUCCUGGACUACUCCGCCUCCUCCGCGCAAGCGCUCCUCGACAAAAUCAAGGCCAUCCCCGGGGCCUCGCAGCCCUCGUUCCUGCACUGCGACGUGACGGACCUCGCGCGGCUCAAGGCGUGCGCGGAGGAGGUUCUCGCCACCCACGGCGCCGUCGACGUGUUACUCAACAACGCGGCGCGCGCCGGCGCGCUCACUCGUGUCCCUACGGAUGAAGUCACGCCCGAGAGCUGGGACCUCGAUGUUAAUGUGAAUCUGCGACACCAGUUCUUCCUCACGCAGGCCGUGGUGCCCGCGAUGCGGGCGCAGCGCGCCGGGAGUAUUAUCAACAUGGGCUCGAUUACGUGGCGGAUCCCGGCGACGGGGCUGCCGGUGUACACGCUGUGCAAGGCGGCGGUGGUCGGGAUGACGCGCACGCAUAGUAAGGAGUUUGGCCCGUUUGGGGUGCGGGUGAAUAGUGUGGUUCCCGGCGCUGUGGCGACGCAGAGGCAGAUUGAGGAGGUUAUGACGGAGGAGUACCGCGAGGAGGUGUUUGCCGCGCAGAGUCUGAAGAGGGAUAUUUUGCCUGAUGAGGUUGCGCGGUUGAUUUUGUUUUUGGCGGCGGAUGAUUCGAGUGCGAUUACGGGGGGGAGUUAUGUUAUUGAUGGGGGGUGGGUUAGUGAUAUAUAGAUGCUUAGGGCUUUGGAUGUUUUUUUGCUGUUUCGGGUGACGACAGUAUAGGGGCAGGUACCUAGUUCAUCACUAACAUUGGAGGUUUUUGACGAUAUGAAUAAAUUUAUAAGACAGUUACGAAUUAACUUAUGUACAAAGACCGUUUCCCUCCUUUAUG